AGCUACACCGCUCCUCCACCUGGAAGCACACCAUCUCGGUGAAGAUGUGCGAAGUUUUCCUGCGUAAAAUCGCCCCUUCUGAGACAGAUGAGGGCAUGUUUUACUGGAAGAACAGCUCGGAGCCUCUGGAGGAAAUGUCCAAAUGUGAUAUCCUGAGAGGCAUCGUGACGGAGAAGCUGAGCACCGCGCUGCAGGAGAUCCUGGCGGUGCUACAGAGAACUGUGUCCGGGUAUGAGGAGGAGGCUUUGGGCCUGAGGAGGGAGAUCAGCCGGCAGAGGAGCCAGCUGGAGCUCCUGCAGCCCCGAGUCAGCCUGCAGAGAAGAGCCCUGGUUCCAGAUGCUGAAGACCAUGAUGUGGAGGUUUCCCCUGAGGAGGAAGAGGAGCAGCAGCCAGCGGAGCAGGAGACCGGGAGCCUCGGCAUGCUGUGGUACGACGACGAUGAGGAUGAUGAAGAGGAAGAGCAGCCGACACCGGACCCGAAGGACCCCGAUUUUCAAAUAACACCCCGGCUGAUUUCCCCCAGAGCGCGGUCUGACAGGCGGCGGCCCGGCAGACCCCGGGGCAGCAUCAUCCUCAGGGUCUGCCUCCUGGAGGACGCCCGCACCCUCGUGCUCUCCAACAGCGUGUUUAAGAGGCACCCGGUGCAGGAGCUGUGCUGCCCCCCCGGGCUGUCGGAGGAGGGCUUCCUGCUUCUCCUCCGCUCAUCCUUCCCCCGGCUGACGGAGAGCUUCGAGCUCUUCACCUCCGACCGGACCAAGACGCUGCGGCCGCUGCGUCUGGAGGCGCUGACUCCGGAGAGGAUCCUCAGCAGCGUGCGAGCCUCCGCCCUAUACAUUCGCCUCAAGAGCAGAGAGGAUUCUGGGAGCAGGGGCUCUGUUGGUCCUCAGGAAGAACCGUCUCCGUCGGGCUCCAUCACCUCAUCAGCUGACGAGACCGAAGCGUCCAGCAGCGUACCGUCUCCCAGAGUGCCGUCUGUCAAGCGCCGGCGAGGCAGACCCCGCCUCUGGAAGCAGCCCCCUCACCACGUCCUGAGGGUCUGCAUGCUGGGGACGCACCGCUCAGAUGUGCUGUCCAACAAAGUGUUUAAGAGGCACCCGGUGCAGGAGCUUUGCUGCCCCCCCGGGCUGUCGGAGGAGGACUUCCUGCUCCUCCUCCGCUCCUCCUUCCCUCGCCUGACGGACGGCAGCAGUUUCGAGCUCCUCCGGACUGACCGGAGCCGGCGGCUGCAGAGGGUCCGGGCGGAGCGGCUGACCCCCGAAGAGAUCCUUAAGACCAGGAGCCCUGGGGGGGAGAAGACGCUGCUCUACCUCCGGCUCACGACGGGAAAGGAGGAGGAGGCGGAGGAGGAGCAGGAGCAGCAGCAGCAGGAGGAGGAGGAGGAGCAGGUGCAGCAGGAGGAGGAGGAGGAGCAGCAGCAGCAGCAGGAGGAGCGCCGCCUCUCAUCUGAUGUGGUGAUGAAAACUGACGAAGCCGGGUUCAGUUCAAGCCCGGUGCAGCGUGCAGUCCCGUGCAGCAACGCGCCGCAGGAACAGGAAGUAGAGGCGCAGGAACAGGAAGAAGAGACGCAGGAACAGGAAGUAGAGGCGCAGGAACAGGAAUUAGAGACGCAGGGCGCUGCAUACUCCAGCGAGGACGGAGCUGCAGACGAGGCGUCGGACGGACACUGGAAAGCCGACCCGGACCUGAGGCCGAGCGGCGCCAGGAGAGGGAAGCUCACUGGGAAAACUGCGUGCAGAGUGUGCGGCGUGUCGUACGUGGUGCAGGGCAGCCUGAUCAAACACGCCUGGAGUCACGCUGACGAUGCGCCGGCCGUCUGCGGGGUCUGCGGCAACCGCUACGAAACCUCCGAGGAUUUAAAGUCGCAUCUGAAGAAAUACAAAAAGACCCACGAGUGCUCGUUCUGCAGGAAAUCCUUCCUCACCGUCACCGGGCUUAAGUGUCACGUCACGCUGCACACUGGCGACCGGCCCUUCAAAUGCGACCUCUGCGGGAAGGCCUUCGCGCACGCCUCCAACCUGAGCAUCCACCGCUGGGUGCACCGCGAGGAGAGACCGCACAAAUGCGACGUGUGCCCGAAGGCAUUCGGCAUGAAGGCGCAGCUGCAGGCGCACCGGCGGACGCACGGCCAGAGAGAGCGCUUCAGCUGCGGCGUCUGCGGGAAGUCCUUACUGGACAUGCGGUCCCUAACGCGACACAAGUCCACACACUCCGGCGAGCGGCGCUACGGCUGCGAAAUCUGCGGGAAGCGCUUCAAACUCCCGGGAACGCUGAGGUCUCACGAGAAGAUCCACACGGUGCGCGAGCGGCCCUUCCUCUGCCACAUCUGCUGCAAGACCUUCAUCUCCAACAGUGGGCUGAAGAUGCACGAGAAGACGCACGCUGCCGAGCGCCCGUUCCCGUGCGCCGUCUGCGGGAAGGGCUUCAUCUCCAACGGUGAGCGCAAUGCGCACAUGCGCGUGCACACGGGCGAGGCGCCACAUGGCUGCUCCGAGUGCGGACGCUUCUUCAAGCGCAAGACGCACCUGAACAACCACGUGAGGAGCCACAUGGGCAUCAAGCUGUUCGUGUGCAGCGUCUGCGGGAAGGCGUGCUCGCGGCAGGAGCACCUGACUGUGCACAUGAGGACGCACAACGGGGAGAGACCCUACCAAUGUACCGUCUGCGAGAAGGCCUUCACUCAGAGCCACUGCCUUAAGACGCACAUGAAGAGCCACCGCCGCGGGGACCAGGGGUUCCUGAACGCCCGUGUCCUUGAGGACGGUGAACCGACGUCAAUUUGAACGAUUCAUCUUCUGAUUUAGGUCUCGAAAAAAGUCUGUCCCUCUUUCAAAGUCUGAGUUUAUUGUUGAAGAAAUAUCACUUUAAGAUGAUAUAAAACACAUGAGCAAAAACCUCCAGAAGACCCUAAAAACUAGAAUUACUUUAACUGUUUUAAGUAGUGGGGGGAAAUCUGUAACAAUAUCCAGCUUUGACCGAAAAAUUAAGACUUGUUAUUAGUUUUCUACCAUUCUCUCCUUACACAGCUCGAAGGUAAAACUGUCCAACUUUUUUAAAUCGUUAUAAACAUUAAUAACUACCAAAAGUUUUAGUUUGGGAAUUUAUUGCGAGUUUAAGAAUAAAGAAACAGGUUGCAUUUUUAAAACA